AUGCCCGGUCUAUGCUUGUUUUGUCUCACUGCCGUGCUCGCUGCAUUCACCCGGUUCGCGGAGACCGUGGGAACGGUGGUCCGAUGCGAGCCGUGUGACACCGUGGCUCUCAUGCAGUGCAAGCCUCUGGCAAAAGACUGCGCCGACAGCGUACGGGAGCCUGGCUGUGGGUGCUGUCUGACGUGCGCCCUUGCGGAGGGUCAGGCGUGUGGAGUGUACACCGGGCGCUGUGGCUCCGGGCUGACUUGUCAGCACCAACCCGGGGAGACCCGACCACUACAAGCCCUGCUAGAGGGACGGGGAGCGUGCUCCAGCGUCGCGUCCAAAAAACUCAGCACCAUUCUGCUCCCCACACAGAAACAAGAGAACGCAGGCAGGGAGAAGGUGGUGACGGGGGAAGAGUGGCGUACCAAUGCCACCGUGAUGACGACCAUGGCGGUGGGUGUGGUUGUUGUUGAAGGCGGAGGCGGCGAACACCGAGUGGCGUUAGAGGCCAAACCGCCGCUGCACACCAAGCUGGAUGUGAUCAAGAAGGAGCAGAAUAAGAAGAGCCAGAGCUACAAGAUGGAGUCAGGAUCUGGGGGAGUCAAAACCAACAUUCCCAGGUUUUCUCUGGAGGACAAGAGGGAGACCGAGUAUGACCCAUGCAGGAGAGAGAUGGAGAGCAUUCUGAACAGUCUUAAAAUCUCCAGUGUGCUCAUCCCCAGAGGUGUCCGCAUCCCCAACUGUGACAAAAAAGGCUUCUACAAGAAAAAACAAUGCCGUCCAUCCAAAGGGAGGAAGCGAGGUUACUGCUGGUGUGUGGAUAAGUACGGUCAGCCUCUCUCCAGCUACGAUGGAAAGGAGAGAGGAGAAUCCCAGUGCAACAACCUGGAGAACAAAUGA